CGCUGUUGCCGAAUGGUCGUUACGGUCGUGCCAUUAUGAAUACAACAUGAAACGGGAAGCGCUCCAAGCUGUGUGAUAGCCGAUAACGAAGCUAGCCAUCGUUAGCUCAAACGAAGCCGUUGCUUCGCCAGCAUGAGAGAGGAGGGAGAUCCAGGUGUGGUGAGAGACCUCUCGAGGUUGGACGAUGGAAGGACUGGGUAAGGAGAGAUCCGUAUGCAGCCCAAAAACCUCCCCGUGGAUCGGACAUCCUAAAAAAGAAGCCUCGACUCUUCUCUGGAAAGUUAAAGACUGCUUUACGACCGAUGAUACACUUGUCCCUCCUGAAACGAAUAAAAAGGGCAAUGACAUGGACAGCAAGAAAACAGUGCUGGAAUUGAAGGAUGUUCCUCCUCCCCCUAUGCACCAUGCUUCAUACUCCAAACCAUCCCCGCUCUUCCCUUUACCACCUCUCCCUUUGGCUCCUUCUCGUUUGCUUCCUCCCCAGCUUACACAAGACCGCCAUCAACAACAGCCUCCACUGCAGCAGCAGCAAGAGGGGCCUAGCCCCAAAGUAAGCGCAUGCGCCUACUGUGAUUACUGCAUCACCGAGGGCUAUGGAUUAUUAGAUGGUGGAGGUGUUGCUGGUUGUAGCAUAGCUAGUGUUGUCCCACACUAUGCAGCUUCUGAUUCAUUGACAACACCCAUCUACAGCAGCAGUGACACUGGCAGAUCUGGGCCUUGCUCUGUAGCCUCACCUUUUAUUCAGUACAAACACGGGAAGAGCUGUGGACCUAAAGAUGAUGCUUGUGAUCCGCUGCUCAGUUGUGGCUGCACACCUCGGAAGCUCUCUUCUGUCACCACCUCCCAGCCCAUCUCAGCACAGCCCCACAUUCAUUGUUGCCAAGGGCUUCUUAACACCCACCCAGUUGAAGCUCUUCCAGUCAAGCCAGCCUCCUUCCCACCUCACCCCCUUUUGGCUUCUUCACUCCCACCCAUUUCUGCUAGUCACGCUCCUCUGCAUGGCUCUUGCCUAGCCUCUUCUGACCAUUAUAUCUGUGGUAUGGACUGCAGUCCCAUGGUCAGAAGAACCCAGACAAGUGCAGCACUCUGUGAUCACCCUGCUAGUACCCCCAUCAACACCACAUCCACGUCAGCACUUCUCUACUCUAAUCCUAUGCACCUAAAUGUUGAGCAAACAGUUUCUAUGAAGGGGGUGCACUACUGCCAGGAUUGCUUGUUUAAGCCCAUGAAUGGUUUUGUGUCCAAGUCAGAAAAGGUGUGGCCCAAUAUUCCAGUUUCCCAAACAGCUCCAAUCUCUAUUCCCGUUUGUAACGGCUGUGGCACCUCAUCUGAUAAUGCGGCGCUCAGUCAGGGGAAAACUGGCCAGAAGUAUGGUUCACCAGAAAAUGGUGGUACAGAGAACAACCCCCCAGUUGGAGUGUUUUGGGACAUAGAGAACUGCAGUGUGCCGAGUGGAAGAUCUGCUGGAGAGGUGGUGCAGCGUAUACGCAGCCGUUUUUUCCAGGGCCACCGUGAGGCAGAGUUCAUGUGUGUGUGUGAUAUCAGUAAGGAGAAUAAAGCAGUUAUCCAAGAGCUCAACAACUGCCAGGUUACUGUGGCACACAUCAAUGCCACAGCUAAGAAUGCUGCUGAUGACAAGCUCCGCCAGAGCUUACGGCGCUUUGCUGAGACUCACACUGCACCGGCAACUGUUGUCCUUGUAUCAUCUGAUGUAAACUUUGCAAGUGAGUUGAGCGACCUGCGCCAUCGCCAUGGUUUCCAGGUAAUCCUGGUCCAUGGAAACCAUACAUCCCAGGCGCUGCUGCAGCACGCCCACGUUCAUGUGUCUUUUCAAGAGAUCACAGCUGACCUGCCUCCGCGCAUGCCUCUCAAAACGCAGCCCAGUUACAACCUGCUCUAUGUGCACAACCUUCCUGUCAACUGUGACAAGAGCCUGUGGAACGCUGUGAAGCUCAGGCUCCGUCGCCUCUCAGACAACUGUGGUGGCAAGGUGCUGGGAUUGUCCCAUGGCACAGCCGUCCUCCGUUUUGGCAGCCCCGAGGCAGCAUCACGUGCCCGCAAGCGAAUGGAAAAUGAGGACGUGUUUGGCCAUCGAAUCAGCCUCUCCGUCUCCCCGUGGCCCAGAGACGAUGCAUGUUUUGAGCGUGACCCUCAGUCUCAGUCCCAUCAUUUUCCCAUGCCUCAGACACUGCCCCUCUCUAAUCAAAGCCAGGACACAAUGUCUAUCACUCCUGUAGCCACAUCCUCCUCCUUUCUGCCACUGGAGAAGCCCAGGUCGCCUCGGAGAUCACGGCGAGCUACCCGCCCAUGCUACACCCCCAGGCCCUUGCCUGAAAGGCCCUACAGCCCCAAGAGGGGAUGUUCGGGGCCUCCAGGUGGCGCUCCUGCAAAGCCCCAUCAGGAUUUGAGUAGUGCAGACAGCAAACCUAAACCGGGUUUCCUCCACCUAGAUAAAGGACGGCCAGCCUCCUCCACCCCUCAUAGUAAUGGUAACAUAGAAUCGCCGGAACAGCUUUCCAAACCUGGCUUCCCUGGGGAGACCUUACACAAGAAAAGAAGGGAUGGUUCCAAUCCUCGCAGUGACUCCCAGUCUCCUGUUGGAGGUGAGAGACGAUCAGUGGAGUUUCAGAUCAGCACUCCUUCUGCUUUCAGCAAGCUGAACCUGCACAGAAGCUUCAGCCCUCUUGUCUUGUCCCAGGGUUCUUGGUCUUCCAGGACUGCAUCACCCUGCCUUUCUAGCCGCUCUUCUCCCAUGCUUGCUGCUCCUCGAAGCCCUUGUCCAGAGUACCCAACAGAGCCAUUUUCCGAUGGAGCUGAAAUCCAGGUGGCUAACCUUGACUACAGAAUGUCCCGCAAGGAGCUACAACAGACUCUACGUGACACCUUCUUCCGAUAUGGGCGGGUGAAAGGAGUCGAGCUUAGUCCCCACACAGACUAUCAGCUUAAGGCUACAAUCCAGAUGCUGUCCUUACAGCAGGCUAUCAGUGCUGUCAGUGGACUUCACCGUUACAAAAUUGGAGGCAAGCGCAUCCAAGUGUCUUUGAUCACAGGUGGCCAUAGCAAAUCCUUGGUCAUGCUCAGCUCCGAGAUCAGCAGCAUUCUUCAGGAAGCACCUGCAAAUUGCCUUCCUCUCUUCAAGUUCACUGAGAUCUAUGAGAAGAAGUACCACCGUAAGAUUUUGAUGAGCGAUCUGUACAGGCUGCCGGAUGUAGUGGCUAUUCGGGAACAGGGCGGCACGAGGCUGGUGUGCCUUCUUCCGAGCAGCCAAAUCCGUCAGAGUCCACUUGGAUCUUCUCAGUCACAGGGGAGCUCCUCCACACCAAGCGGCAGCCCUGUGGUGUUUGAGGAGCUGGAGUACCAUGACCCAGUCUGCAGACAACACUACACGCAGCACAGCUUCAGCGAGGCAGACUUUGACCCAGACUCGUACACAAUUCCUUUUGUGGUGAUGUCUCUCAGAACUUUGGCCUCUGAGGUUCAUGAACUGCUUCAAUCACACGAAGGAACUCUUCCCCUCCUCAGCUUUCCAGACUGCUAUGAAGCAAAGUUCAGUCGGCUGGAGCUGAGCAAUGAAACUCUGGAGUGUGGUGUUCCUUUGGAGCACCUCAUCGCAUGUGUUCCCAGUAUAACCAUAGUCACAACUCAGAACGGUUACAAAGUCAUCAAGUGGAUUCACAACAAACCACCAGCACCAAACUCCGAGCCGUGGCUCCACCGAUGCAAGAGUCCCGUUGGCAACCCUCAACUCAUUCAGUUCAGCAGAGAGAUUAUUGACCUCUUAAAGAGUCAACCGUCUUGCAUCAUGCCUAUCAGCAAAUUUAUACCUUCUUACCAUCAUCAUUUUGCCAAGCAGUGCCGCGUCUCCGAUUAUGGCUACUCAAAGCUGUUUGAGCUGUUGGAAGCAGUGCCGCAUGUCCUGCAGAUCUUGGGUAUGGGUACCAAACGUCUGCUGACCCUUACUCAUCGAGCCCAAGUGAAACGUUUCACUCAAGACUUAUUAAAACUUCUCAAAUUUCAAGCCAGCAAGCAAGUGGCUGUCAAGGACUUCAUGCAAGCAUACCACUGGUGCUUUUCCAGAGACUGGAAUGUAGCAGACUAUGGCGCGUGUGACCUCAUUGACCUGCUCUCUGAGAUUCCCGAUACCACCAUCACCACCACGCAUCAUGACAAUGACACAGUCAUCUCUGUUCCCAAGAGAGAGCGUACUGGGGAUGAAAUAGAGCGCACGAAGCAGUUUGGAAAGGAGGUCGUCGACCUCCUCCGUCACCAACCUCACUGCCGAAUGCCCUUCAGCAAGUUCAUCCCCACCUACCACCACCACUUUGGACGUCAGUGUAAGCUGAGCUACUACGGCUUCAACAAGCUCAUGGAGCUGUUUGAGGCCAUCCCUGAGGUGCUCAUGGUGUUGGAGUGUAGCGAGGAGAAGGCGCUUACUCUCACAGAGGUGGAGCGCAUUAAAGCUCUGGCAGCUCAACUGGUCAAGCUGCUUCGAGCUCAGAAGAACUGCAGCCUUCCCGUGAGCCAGCUGCUCACAGAGUACAGCAAGACCUUUGGUUAUGGUCUACGCCUGCAGGACUACGACACCAGCUCCCUGCCCGCGUUACUCAGCAAACUCUGCCAUGUUGUGAAGGUGGUGGAUGGUACAGACGGACGGGAAGUUCAGCUCAUCAACAGGAAAUCUCUGCGUUUACUGACAUCACAACUUCUGGCACUGCUUAUGUCUCAAGAGAAACAUGUCGACAAGGGUCUCAGGGUGGAUGAAUUGCGCCAGCAUUACCAGAUGGUCUACAAAGCCCCACUCAACCCUUGUGAAUAUGGGUUCCUCUCCCUCAGCGAGCUACUCAAGAGUCUGCCCUACCUUGUGGAACUUUACUGGGAAGGACUUGACGGAGGCAUUCAAGCUGGCAGCACCACAAGCGGUCCCGGUGAGGAGUGGGUGAGGCUGACCAGGCUUUACCAGUUUGCCCGUAACGUACGUGCACUGCUCCACACCUACCAUUACAACCAGAUCUUCCUGUCCGAGUUCCAAGGAGCUUAUAGAAAGUUUACUGGCUGUGGCCUGGAGUCUCGCUCCUAUGGAUACAUCAGCACUGAUGAGCUGCUCAAUGCCAUUCCACAGGUGGUCUGGAUCAAAGGGCACGGUCACAAGAGGAUUAUCGUUUUGAAGAACGAUAUGAAAGAGAGGGUGAGCGCUUCAGUCACCAGCAGCCCUCAGUCCGAAGGUAACGUGGAGAGCCCCAGAGACAGCCCAACCAUCACCACCCGUUCUGAAGGACACAGUCCAAGCACCGCCAUGACACCAGAGUCCGAGCUGCUGUGUCUGACGUCCUCAGUCGACCUUCUCUGCGGCCCGGUACCGUCUUGCCUGCCGUCACCUCAGCUCCACCCUGACCCUGUCCUAAUGCAGCAGGCCAGUCUGAUUCGUUUUGAGGAGAAAACUCCGCCAUUGUCCCACACAUCAGAGAGCAAAGAAUUCCACACGGGAUCUGCUGCCCAAGAUGGCGAGCCUGCGGCACCCACGGAGACAGAGCCCCCUUUGUCCAUGGACAGUCCCGGCAGAAGAGGCCCCCGCAAUAGAAUCAAGCUAGCUGCCAACUUUUCAUUCAAUUCAGGUUGCUGAACCAACACGCACACACAUGCAGUGAGCCAUACUGGUUGAGCCGUAGCGCAACUCUGAGAAGGAGAGUUGAGUAGCGUUACUAAUCACGCUGCUGAAUGACCACUCUCGAAGGGCAUUUGGCGUUGCUGCUUUCUGCCAUUGCAUUAUAAUCUUCAGCUUUUCUGUCGCAAGCCUUUGGAUCUGUUCUUUCGCAAUCAUUCAUUUCAUUCAGUGGUUCUCACAAAGCUUUGAUCUUUUUUACCUCUUGCAGAUUUUCUGCAAUUUACAAACGUAGACCCCACUUACGGUUAUUAGAAUUUCAUUCCAUCCUGAAGGAAGUUAAAUUUUAUCCCCAAGAACGUGCACAUGGGAAAUCCAGAUGAGUUAGAUGCCACUGCAUACAGCGCACCAACCAUUUGGAGAGAUGCGCAAGAUGAAUAGCACACUUGUGUUUUAGGAUGUUAAAACAAACUUUUUCUCAGGUCAUCAGCUAGACCAGAUGCCAUUUUUGAAGGUGUUGUUCAACGAUAUAAUAAUUCUAGUUUAAGUCUUAAAUAGCCGACGCCUUUGAAUUUCACUCGACAUUCUUUUUAGAAACUUUGUAGGUUGUUCCAGAGAUGUUGAAAUCCUUUGUUUGCUCCUUUUGCUUCAAAGACGUCCAUACCCCCAUUUGUGGGUGUCAUGACAGGUUGCCUCUUAGAGAUCAUCACCAAGUGAACGGCUGUUGCGUUUUGAUUAAGUCGGUGCUAGUUUGGUCAACAGUUACGCGCCAGAAAGUGAAAUGUCCCCCGCCCUAAGGCAGGAUGUGCAUAUUUGGACAAGCUUUUAAGCCAGCAGCCAGUGUCUCUGUGUUCUUUUAGCUGUUAGUGUGUGGUUCUCCACUGGAGGCAGUCUGACAUAUGCACGGUGUGCAUACAUGAGCUGAUGCAUGAUGAAAUAAGCCCAGCAGCAGCAGACGGGGAAACGUAUACAAGAAGAAAAACAAACAUUCUUUGUGAUCAGUCUUUCGUUUUCCACCUUGUUUUUGGCUUCUUGGAGGCGGGGCCACCUUUGUGGCCGCUACUGAUGUACUCAAGGCUUUUAGUUUUUAUUUCCCUCUCAGCCUUGUUGCCAGUAGCGUCUGUCGCGGUCUCCUGUCUGAGCACUCUGGGAGUUUUUUUUUUCUUUUUUUUUUUUCUUUUUUUUUAUGACAAAGGUGCACUGUGGGUGUUAGUUUUCAGGAUAUAGACAUAGGUGGGAGGUGGUGGUCUUGUUAGUGGAGUGGCACAGGGGCUGUGUGAAGCCUGUAUGUGUGUCUCACAUCCACGUAGAGAACCCUCUGUGGCUCUCUGGAUUUUGCCUGGCUUUUACAAUGGCUUGUAUUUGCCACGUUGACAAAGGAAUGGCCAAAGUACCUCCCCAGCCAUCAUGUUUUGACGUCCCCGCGUGUUGGUUUCCUCCUUUUUUGCCAUCACCUGUGUUCUGGUUCUGCUGGCUGCUUGGUUUGCUUCCAGUCUACUGUCAGUUUGUUAUGCGCCGCGGAUGUGACGAGUGACAGUUUAUGUUCGGAGAAAAACAUUCAGAGAAUGGGUAAAAGCCCAUUACUUCAGUGGGCAACCGUUACCCGUUGACUCGUUCGGCUGGCGUCGUGACAUGACUGGUUUUUGAGUUUCCCCCCCAACUGUUGACCACUCAUCCAAAUUAUUUUAACUCCAGGCGCUACAGCGUCGGCUCCUCUGCCCUUUCCAGACCCAGUUGAACACUCUUUGAUUAAGGAACGUGCAGCUCACCGAAUUACUGAUUUUGAUUUGACACCAAUAGCUUUAAUGCUUCCGAUAAACCUCUAUUUAAAACUUUUUUUUACUAAGUAAAUCUGAGCUUUUUCUGUGCAGUGGCAUCUAUCUCAUAAUGGACACAGUAGCGCAUUUAGCGUUUCCUUUUGUGCAGGUCUCAUCUGUAAAGUGCUCUUGAAAUAUGCUUAUCUGCAUAGUUUUGGUUUAUGUAAUGUGCAAUUAUUUGGAGUCCGAGAAUAUGUUUGAAGAAAGAAAUGAAUGAAUUCUUAGCCAGCUUGUACUAACACAAUUUGUAUUGCUUAAGUUUUUCCAUUUGUGCACCAGUUGUUCUGUAUUCAAGAACUGAAAAGAAAAAUGUAGUUUUAAUUCAAAGCUGACAUUUAAAACUGCUGCAUUGUAAUCUUUUUUUUUUUUUUUUUUUUUUUUAACUUGCUAUCACACAAGCUCCCAAUCUAUUACAGUUCGAAAGCCUCACCACAACUUGUUGCUGUCAAACAUCGUUUAAGGGACCAAUCCAGUUCUGUUAAUAAACUUAACUAAGCAUUA